AUGGAGCCCCACCUGCUCGGGCUGCUACUCGGCCUCCUGCUCAGUGGCACCAGGGUCCUCGCCGGCUACCCAAUUUGGUGGUCCCUGGCCCUGGGCCAGCAGUACACAUCUCUGGCCUCCCAGCCUCUCCUCUGCGGCUCCAUCCCAGGCCUGGUCCCCAAGCAGCUACGCUUCUGCCGCAAUUACAUCGAGAUCAUGCCCAGCGUCGCAGAGGGCGUGAAGCUGGGCAUCCAGGAGUGCCAGCAUCAGUUCCGGGGCCGCCGCUGGAACUGUACCACCAUAGACGACAGCCUGGCCAUCUUUGGGCCUGUCCUGGACAAAGCCACCCGCGAAUCGGCCUUCGUGCACGCCAUCGCCUCGGCUGGUGUCGCCUUCGCAGUCACUCGCUCCUGCGCUGAGGGAACCUCCACCAUCUGCGGCUGCGACUCGCAUCAUAAGGGGCCACCUGGAGAAGGCUGGAAGUGGGGCGGCUGCAGCGAGGACGCCGACUUCGGGGUGCUGGUGUCCCGGGAGUUUGCGGAUGCUCGGGAGAACAGGCCAGACGCCCGCUCGGCUAUGAACAAACACAACAAUGAGGCAGGCCGAACGACCAUCCUGGACCACAUGCACUUGAAGUGCAAAUGUCAUGGAUUGUCUGGCAGCUGCGAGGUGAAGACCUGCUGGUGGGCCCAGCCCGACUUCCGCGCCAUUGGCGACUUCCUCAAGGACAAGUACGACAGUGCCUCCGAGAUGGUGGUGGAGAAGCACCGCGAGUCCCGAGGCUGGGUGGAGACCCUGCGGGCCAAGUAUGCCCUCUUCAAGCCGCCCACCGAGAAGGACCUGGUCUACUACGAGAACUCCCCCAACUUCUGUGAGCCCAACCCAGAGACCGGCUCCUUUGGUACCAGGGACCGGACUUGCAACGUCACCUCCCACGGCAUCGAUGGCUGCGAUCUGCUGUGCUGUGGCCGGGGCCACAACACGAGGACGGAGAAGCGGAAGGAGAAAUGCCAUUGUGUCUUCCACUGGUGCUGCUAUGUCAGCUGCCAAGAGUGUAUUCGCAUCUAUGAUGUGCACACCUGCAAGUAG